UCUAAAUCUUCAUACAUACUGUAUUUGUCUCAUCUUCCUAAAAAAUCGCAAAGCUUUAUGCUUUGAAGCAUCUGUAAUUAACAUUAUAUCGAUUCUAUUAAUAAUAUAUUGAUAAAGAAUAUGCUCAAGUUUAAGUAAAAAAGAUUGUUGAUUACUGAACUUGAGCAUUCUGUAAUUUUCUUGUAUAGUUCAACACAAAUUCUGAACCUUCUGAAUCACUCACUGCUUAAAUGGAGUGUAAUGGUAAUAGCAAAGAGUCUGUAGGAUUAGAUGUGUUGAAUUAUGAUUUGGAGAGCGAAUUCAGUGAAUUUAUUUCUACGAAAGCUGGAGUAAAAGGACUUGUUGAUUCUGGUAUUGUUAAGGUCCCUAGAUUCUUUCUGUCAUCUGCAGAUGUAAAUUAUUUGGAGCAUACGAGCUCUAAUGGUAUCGAGAAUCAAGUUCCAGUCAUCAACCUCAAGGGCUAUGAAGGUAAAAGGCGUAGGACUAUUGUGAAUGAAGUCUUACAAGCAUCAAAGACAUGGGGCGUGUUUCAGAUUUUCAACCAUGAUGUUCCCUCAGCUGUCAUGAAGAGCAUGCUAGAAAGUGUGUGUGGAUUUCACGAGCAAUCAAAUGAGUUAAAAAAGGAUUACUAUUCUCAUGAUUCCACAAGGAAGGUGAGGUAUUACGCGACUGUCCAACCAGCUCGUAGAACUGCAUUUUGGAAAGACACAAUUGCCUGUCAGUUUGAGAACAUGACAGAAGAUUUUGAAGCCUUGCCUCUUAUUUGCAGGGAACCUAUGUUUGAUUAUGUCAAACACAUAGUUGAACUAAAAGAGAGGUUAACCAAGUUGCUUUCUGAGGCUCUAGGGCUAGAGUGUGAUCACCUUGAACUAAUGGAAUGCAUGGAACCUCGAAAGGUAGUGGGUCACUAUUACCCGGCUUGCCCUGAGCCACAUUUGACUCUAGGCACAGCGGAACAUACAGAUCCUUAUUUCCUUACGAUUUUAUUACAAGGCGACAUUGAUGGACUUCAAGUCUUGCAUCAGGAUCAGUGGAUUCAUGUGCCACCAAUGGAGGGCGCACUUAUUGUUAUAAUAGGUGAUAUGCUGCAGCUGAUAAGCAAUGAUUUAUUAAGGAGUGCUGAACAUAGAGUACUAGCAAAUCGGAAAGGUCCCAGAUUGUCAGCAGCAUGUUUUUUCUAUCCGAAUGGCAGAAUUAAAGACCGGAAUCAUGGACCAAUAGAGGAACUUCUGUCUGAUAAGAAUCCUGCAUUAUACAAAGAAAUCACUCAUGCUGAAUAUCUCAAGCAUCAUGGUGUACAUGGAAGUUGCGGCUCCAAAGCUCUUCCUCAUAUCAAGAUUUAAUCUUUUUCGAUCAGUACUAACCAUAUGUAACUACUGGUAUAAUCAUGCAACUAUGACAAGAUCUUUUCCUCAUUAUGAGAGUAAAAUUGCUCAUUAAACCCCCAUAAUUUGACUCUAUGACUCACCAGUUCAGUUAAAAAUCAAGUGUGGUUUCUAUUACUGUAUUGUUUCAGCCCUUAAAUGUACAGUCCCAACCUGCAGGGACGAAUCAGUUAGCGUAGUCCUGUUCUAUAAUUCAGGCAUUUCUGGGUAAAAUAGACUCUUCUGUACUAAACUGUGGACUCGAUUUGUGUUCUGCACUUCUGAAUGCAGGAGGCCACUUGUAGCACAACAUCUAUGUAUGCUUUAAGUACAUGCUCCUUUAGUUGGUUGUACAUUUAUAACCUAUGUUACCCGGACU